AAGACCCGGCACCGGAGAAGGCAGUGCUCCUGGGACCUGAGCUCCAGGCUCCAGCCUUGCAGCCCGGGUGCUAGUUCCCGGGUCCAUACAGAGGAUACGGCAGCUUUGGGUACCAACUGGGCUGCCCAUCGCGGAGUCAGAGUAUCCAGAAGAGACAGGGGCGCAGCGCCCCAUCCACCUGGGCGGAGGAGAGGGCGCAGCGCCAGGUAGGAUGUGGCUCCGCCUCCCGCUACCUGCCCAGCUCGGAGGGCGGAGGCUGUAGACCUUGGAACUCUGCCUCUCUUUUUCUCUCCCUCCCUCUCUCUCUCUCUCUCUCUCUCCCUACGGGUCUCUGAGCCCCAGCCUUCAAUCGGUUUCAAGAAGGAAGUUUGAAGCAGAGGGCGGAGGGCUAGGGAGCCGGGGCUCCUGACCUUCAAGCGCGGCCGAUGAAGGCUACAUUUUGGAACUGGAAGCUCAGGCAUAAAGAAUUCGUUUGCACCACCAGCAAGGAGCUCAGCUAUGUGGACUCCCAGCCGGAGGCAGCUCUGCCUGGCAUUCCUGUUGGUCUGUGUGCUCUCUGCCGGUUCCUUCUUCUUCCACCUGAAUGGAAGAAACUUCUUUCGAAAUGGUCUAACUCUCUCUGUCCUGUGUUCAGACUAUCACCUGCUGAAGUCCCCAGUGGCCAUGGUAUGCCUGCCGUAUCCGCUGCAGACAUCCAAUGGCUCUCCUUCCUGCCCUGAGCAGUCCUCCCCGCUCUCUGGGACUUGGACAAUCACCCCGGGCGGCAGGUUUGGGAACCAGAUGGGGCAGUAUGCCACAUUGCUCGCCCUAGCCCAGCUCAACGGCCGCCAAGCCUUCAUCCAGCCUGAGAUGCAUGCUGCCCUGGCCCCUGUGUUCCGAAUCUCCCUGCCAGUGCUGGACCCUGAGGUGGACAGCCUCACGCCUUGGCAGCACUUAGUCCUACAUGACUGGAUGUCAGAGGAGUACUCCCACCUGGAGGACCCGUUUCUCAAGCUGUCUGGUUUCCCGUGCUCUUGGACCUUUUUCCACCAUCUCCGGGAACAGAUUCGUAGGGAGUUCACCCUGCACGACCACCUACGGGAAGGAGCCCAGCACCUGUUGAGCAGGCUACGUAUAGGCCCAGCAGGCCUCCGCCCUCACACCUUUGUGGGUGUCCAUGUUCGUCGUGGAGACUAUCUGGAGGUGAUGCCCAAUCGCUGGAAGGGUGUGGUGGGUGACCGAGCUUACCUUCAGCAAGCCAUGGACUGGUUCCGAGCCCGGCACAAAGACCCCAUCUUUGUGGUCACCAGCAAUGGCAUGAAAUGGUGUUUGGAGAACAUUGACACAUCCCAUGGUGAUGUGGUCUUCGCUGGUGACGGACAGGAGGGUACCCCGGGGAAGGACUUCGCGCUCCUCACUCAGUGUAAUCACACCAUCAUGACUAUUGGCACCUUUGGCUUCUGGGCUGCCUACUUAGCUGGUGGAGACACUGUCUACCUUGCUAACUUCACCCUGCCAGAUUCAGAGUUUCUGAAGAUCUUCAGGCCUAAGGCUGCCUUCCUGCCCGAGUGGGUGGGCAUUAGCGCAGACUUGUCCCCGCUGCAGGCUCAGUUUGACCCCUGGGACCCAGACAGCCUUUUUAGAUUGGUCUGACUCACCAAGAGUCAGCCAUCCAUAUCUCUUUGCUUUGGAGUCUGUCUGUGAUAGUUCUGGAGCUGGGGAGGAGGGGGGGGGGUCAUUUCCAGACUUGCAGAUGAGCUUUUUGGAAAUGCUAGAAUGCUUUGCAGACAUUUCAAUAGGAUAUCAUUUUCUGAUGGCAGGGGAAGCCCAAGUCGGCACUGUAAGCCACAGUCUCUUCUGACUCUCCUGACUCACCUUCUUAGAACUUCUGGGCAGCUGCUUCUGGAUUAGGGAAGGAAAUCCAGACUUACCUGCUGGCCUUCUGGAUUUCUGGGGUCAUUCUGGGCUGUUUCUGAGAGCCUGGUUCAGUCCCUGUGCAGCACCCUGCAGGGCCCUCCCAACACUCCAGACAGUGAAGAAUUUACUGAAGAUGGAUGCAAAAGCUCAGUACUUCCCCACUGCUGGAAACAUGGAGUCAUGCGAACCUUUCAGCGGCCAGACUCUCAUUAGAGAGAUGGGAACAAUCUGAGUACAUAUGAAUUCUGUCCAACUCCUUGGUCCCAGAGAAACCUCAAAGACUUUUAUUUAGGGUGGGAAUAGCAAAUGAGUUAAAAGUGUGCUAGAGAGAGCCUCUAUUGAGAUGCAUCCAUUUGUAGGAGCAGGGUCUCCUAAAAGGUCUAGGAACUUAAAGAGAGAGAGAGAGAGAGAGAGAGAGAGAGAGAGAGAGAGAGAGAUCAAAAGUUAAAGAACUGCACAGAUUAGUCCUGCAUUUAGGAUCAAAGAGGUUUCUUCUUCUGAAGAUGCUAUAGGGUAUCUGGGAUCUGUUUUCUAGGGGUAACCAGGCCUAUAGAAAAGAAGGGUAUACCCCUGGGCUCACAAAGCCCCUAAAUCCAGCUCUGAUAAGAUCCAGGGUGACAGGUGUGAAGGUGUUUCAGAACCCUGAACCCGGCCUAAGCCCCUACAGAAGCACAGGUUUGAAGCAAGCAUAGGACAUUUGUUUGAGUUCAGGUAUACUUGAGGCUUUUUUAAGAAUGGAGGAAGUUUCCUCAAAUAGCAUUUAAUCUAAUUGUAUUCCCUCCCAAGACCAACUUCUAUUCUUCUCAGGGAGUUUCCGGGCACUUUUUCCCAACUUGGCCUGUACAGGCUGGAGAGAGGGAGCUGUGAAUUAAAGGGCCACAUCACCAACACAUGUAUCUGAUGUUUUUGAAACUGUGUACUGCAUGUGUGAGUGCGCAACACAAUAAAGGUGUGUGUGUGUGUGUGCGUGUGUAUGCACGCGCGCGUACACGCGCAAA